AUGUCAGGACCGGAGGAGAUUAUUGAUUUGACUGAUAUUCGAGGCACUCCUCCGAUUUCUUCCGAUACACAAAAACCUGGGGGCAACGAGCCAGAAGACGACCUUGACGCACUCUCAGAAUUAGUUCCAAACAUCAGGACAAGAAAAAGUAGCAUAGAGAUGAACGGAAACAUGACGCUGGGCGAUGAUCAACAACCGCCGCCUGAGAAAGGAAUUCCGGGGACGCAAGAUGGAACAAAACGUAUGGAUAGUAUGAUGAAUCAGUCUGGUGGGGAUGGAACUAAUGGCGGCCUCCCGAGAGAAUCUCAAGUGUCAUUGGACGAUAGUUCAGGCUCAGAUGGUGUAGAGGGCAAGAAUAUUGAUGAUGUUCUGUACGGAGAUCAAAAGCAAGAAGAUGUAAACUCGGAUCGUGCGUUAAGCAGUGAUCACUCAAAGCCUAGACCACCUGAUGAAAUGAACGGAGGCAUGGGCAUGGGUGGUGAAUUUCCAAUGUCUUCAGCGCAGUCCUUAUCGACAGCAACACAAACUCAUGAAGUUCGAAUGCCAAUGUACCUUCCAACUUUUAAGCCAGCAACAGGAUGUACGAAUGCAUCCGAUUUUAUUGUGCGCUGCUUUGUAGCUCGACUGAGGUCUGGAAUUACAGUGGUGAAGCAUGGUCGCUCACGAUGGUGCAAAUCUCGACUGAGAAUUCUUCACAUUCAUCCAGAUGGACGUUCAUUGAGUUGGAAACCAGCACAAGGGGAACCUUCCAGUAACAAGAGACCGCCCAAGCUGGAUCUCACAACCUGCUUGGAAGUACGACACGCAUGGAGCCCAGAUCCAGGAAAUCCAAUGUACACGGGUACUCCCAUCUUGCGGCAGAAAUGCGAGGCUGCGAAUGCCCACAAGUCCUUUGCACUUAUCUUCCCCAAACGAACUGUGGAUAUUACCUCUGUUACUGCGGAUCAAUGCAAAGUGUUGAUGGAAGGGUUUUCAGCUCUUUGCUUCCGUCUACAAGUUGCUAAUCUUGUCGGAAAAGGAAACAAGAAGGGGGGGCAAAAGAUGCCUGAAGAAGAAGAGGUUGCAACGACUGCAUCCGCAACCUUGACGAAUAACUCCGUUGUGUCUCCUCACACUGGUGGUCGACGCUAG